AUGCCCGUCGACGGGGCCGAGUGCGCAGAGAGAAAUUGCCCGCCGGAAGAAACCCACGGGUGGCCCUUGCUGACGACGACUGGUGACGACAGGAGAGGCGAGAUCGUCGUUUUCGCACAAGAACAAUUUGGCAAAUCCAGUCGCUCUCUGGACAUCGCAGUCAUGGAAGCCGCCUCCAAGGGGAUCCCGAUCCACUCUGUCAUAAUCCCGCAAUCGGCGUCUUCUUUGGCACGAUCCGGUCGCACUUUGCCGCAACAACAACUGCAACAUCAUUCAGUCCGAGGCGCCGCCUUUGAUGUAGACAUUGACACCGACGGCGGCGGCGGCGGCGAUGGUGGCGCCGGUGACAAGAAGACUGGGGUCUUGGCCAAGGCGUCCGCCGAGUCUGGGGGUAAAAGUGUCGAGCUCAACGACAUUGACGGCAAUGCCCCCGUGCAUGCUGUGGCUGAGAUGCUCGAGGCACUGGAGAAAAUCAUUCCACCUACCAACACUGUCAAGGUUUACCAGGAGUUGAAAGUACCUUUGAGAGAGACAAUGACGAUUGAGGACACUUUCCCAGUGGACUCCAGUCCUGGUGGAGAGUUUCUAGUGAGAGUGCACUCUAAAGAGGUUCCCCGCCAGGUGUCGAUAGUGUCGCCCCAAGGGGAAACCCCUGAACCCCAUGCCAGCAGCGAAGGUGGAAUUCGUGCUCCUGUUCUCCAAACUAUUCGGGUUCAACCUUGGCCUAGUCCUUCGACUGGUCAAUGGACUUACAAGAUCCAGGCAGUGGUUCCAGAACCAGUGUUGGUGGAAGUGUGGAUGCCAUUCGGAGCAGGUUCCUCCCAAGACGAAGUGAUUGCUGUCGAAGGCUGGACGUCGUGGGACGGCAAAGCCGUCGGUGACCCCACCGACACGUCAUUGACACUCUAUGCCCGCGUCACUGUCGGACAACGAGCUGUUCGCUUUGCCAAUGUCGUCGCCAGUGUGAAAAGAACGACGAAAUCCUAUUCUGACGAAGUUCAAGUCUUGCUGAGUGACGAUGGACUCGGUGACCCGGAUUCAACCAAGUCUGACGGCGUGUAUUCCGGGUACUUCACGGGUUUCCUGGCGUCCGAACAGGACGUGAAAUACCAGAUAACCUGGGUUGCGACAGCGACAGAUGGCGGCGCACGAGUGCCAACGAUUGUCGGGCGAGAACCCAAGUUGAUGGCUGAUGACUCUGCUGAUCCCAGCGGGCUUUCCAGUCUCGACAUUUGCUGCGAGGAAAGUGGGACAAUGACGGCGCUGCCGGCGUUCAAGCGGAUUUUGCCGGGUCCGACCUUCACGGUACCCUUGGGACCCGUGGGAGAUGUUUACCCGCCAAACAGAAUCCUUGACCUGAGGGCCAGAGUAGACGUCGGACUCGGGGUCUUCCAUCUGGCCUGGACUGCCCCUGGUGGCAAUUACAAUCACGGCAUUGCUGACAAGUACGAGCUGCGAUAUUCAUCCAACCGGUCAGAACUGUGGCUGGAACACGGAGGCACAGUGAUCCCGACGCCGAAACCCGGCCCAGCCGGGAAACCCGAACACCUGGACCUGCAAGUCGGGCAAUUCGGCCUGGAACCCGGCACCAGGUACCACUUCGCCAUCCGUGCCACCCACGGACGCCAGUCCCGCAUGUCCAAUGCCGUCGUGGCGUCUCUCCCAGUGCCCAUCACCGACUCGCCACCACUCGACAACACCGACGCCGUCGAAGGCCCGACCCGUGGCACUUUUGCUCUUCCCUCCGACGUCAUGUCGACACACAGAGCCACUUUCAUCGUCAUCGCAGUGGCUGUCGUGUCCUUUGUCUUCGUCGCUGUCGCCUUGAUCCUGUGUGUCACGUAUUGCGUUAGGCGUCGACACAGCAAGGCGGCAUUGGAUAAACCGACAAGUGGGCAAGGCGGCGUUGGUGGGAGUGUUAUCGUGGCACCGGACGUUGUGGCGUCCCUGGACGCCAAACCCAUGCAAGUGGUGGUGGAUGCGUCGUCGCCCGUGACGGCGGAUGAAGUGUCGUCAGCUGCGAUGCGACACCAGUUUGUGGCAGCUAGUCAGAUCCUGGAUUCGCAUUCUUGUUAUUACGGAGACCAGCAGCUCGUGAGCUCGUCAGAUCGGAUGUCGUACCAAUCCUCGCAGCAAUCAGAUACCAACUCGUCUCAUAGUGACACCAAGAAAUUUGUGCACUUUUCUGCAGACACCCUCAGUGCUGGUGGAGGAGUGCACAAUUAUGGCUAUCCGGGAAACCAACAGCAGCUUCAGCAAACCCAGCAGCCGGGUUUCAAGGGUCCUCCGCCUCCAGUACCGCCGAAACCCGCGUAUGGGGACGUCGGUACUCGAUUGAAUGAGUCCCAUUGUUCAGUCGGUAGUGUUGAUCAUAAAAAGGUUCGCACUGUCACCCAAGUGUAG